GUCCUUUUUACAUUCUGAUUGGCUAUGUCAGCCUUUUGACUUUGCAAUCCCCAGCCUUCAGUCGUCCUGCCGAAGAUGUCGUCGUUAACUGCUACUGCACGGGCCCUCGUGAAGAACCCGCCCGGUCGCGCGUCCGGAUCGCCCAUCACGGCCACUGUCUUUGGCGCCACUGGUUUUGUCGGUCGCUAUGUCUGCGCCCAACUUGGCUACACUGGUGCCACUGUCGUGACUCCUUACCGCGGCGAUGACAUGGAAGUGCGUCAUUUGAAGGUAAACGGUGACUUGGGUACCGUGGCCCAUGUCCCGUUCAGCGUCCGCGACAAGGACUCGAUUCGCGAAGCCAUCGCCGGUUCGAAUGUUGUGAUCAACCUCAUCGGCAAGCAUUAUGAAACCAAGCAUGCCUUGCCAUGGUGGAUCAACUACACGUACGACGAUGUUCAUGUGGAUGCCGCGCGCGACAUCGCCGAAGUGUGCGCGGAAUUGAACGUCCCUCGCCUCAUCCACUUUUCGUCGCUGUUGGCGAAACCCAACUCCCCGAGCAUUUGGGCCGCGUCCAAGUACCGCGGCGAAGUGGCGGUGCGUAAAGCCUUUCCCAACGCCAACAUCGUGCGUUCCGCGACCAUCUACGGCCCCGAAGACCGAUUCCUCAACUGGUACGCGCGCCUCGGGUCCGCCAUCCCGCUCGUGGACAACGGCGCCGCCCGCUUGCAGCCGGUGAACGUGAACGACGUGGCGAAGGCCCUGUAUGCGUUGAUUGUGGACACGACCAUCCAAGGCCAGACGUUCGAGCUAGUCGGGGACGAAGAGUACUCGACUAAGGAGAUUGUGGACUAUGUGCUGGACGUGACCCAGUCGGACCCGCAGCUGCUCAACUUGCCGCUCCCGGUCGCCGAAGUGGUGGGCAAGGUCAUCCAGAACCUGCCGGAGCCCAAGUUCUCGCAGGAUUUGGCGAUUCGGUUGAGUUUGGACGAGGUCAAGACGUCGUCGCUGCCUGGGUUGCGCGAGCUUCAAGUGGAACCAUCCAAGAUGGAAAAGGAAUCGUUCUCGUUCUUGUUCAAGUACAACAAGGGUGGCCAUUUCCAAAAGGUCGAGGGGUACCAUUGAUACAGUGGUGGCACACUCGUCCCUUGUGAUGACAACGAUAUGUGGGUUUUUAAUCAAGAUACCUUGUCUAUCAUGGCGUCA